GACAAUGACUGGUUGCGAGCCCUCCAAGAAUUCUUUCUCGUACACAGCAAAACAUGAAAAUGUUCCUCUCAUUUCACCUGCUCUCUCUUUCUUUCAUUGGUAAGAGCGCACCGACUUUCUUUAUUACCCCAGUUUCUAACAUGCUUUCCCUAUAAAUACAACCCUCAUUUUCAUGCACCUUCAUACUAAUCAGUUUACUACCCAUCUUUUAAGUUUUAGAAUAUUCGUUUUUUUUUCAAAAGCAAGCCUUAGUAACAAUCUUCCAAGUCUUCAAGGCAUGGCCAUCUCUAAAACACUAAUUGCUCCAAUUCUCAUUUCUCUUCUCCUUCUUCACCUAGCUGAAUCUUAUCAAAAGGUGAUCACAACCAUGGUCGAGAGCCCAAGCCCAAGUCCUUCCCCACCACAAAAGAUAGAUUGUGAUGAUGCUUGUGAUGCGAGGUGCCAAUUGUCUUCGAGGCCAAACCUAUGCAAGAGGGCAUGUGGAACUUGUUGUGCUCGUUGUGAUUGUGUUCCUCCAGGCACUUCUGGAAACUAUGAUGUGUGUCCCUGCUAUGCCAAUAUGACUACACAUGGUGGCAGACACAAAUGCCCUUAAAGUUAUAAACUUCUUUGCUUAAUGUUACUGUGCUGCUUCUCUCAUAUCUUGGAUGAUAUAUAUAAGCAUCAAAUGUCUUACAAAUUAAGAGAAUAGAAUAAAAAGUACCAUGCGGUUAUUAUUA